AUGCGGCACUGCGUGACAUUGUCGGUGGCGGGCAACAGGCGGGCGAGUCCCACGUCGGCGAUCUUGCUGACGAAGUUGCCGUCGAGGAGGAUGUUGCCGGGCUUGAGGUCCCGGUGGACCACCGGCUCCGGUCGGGUCUGGUGGAGGAAGAGGAGCCCGGUACCGAUCUCGGCGGCGAUCUUGAACCGGAGCUCCCAUGGGAGAGCGGGGGUGCCCUCCCUCUGGAACAGGCGAUCCUCCAGGCUGCCCUGCUCCAUGUACUCGUACACCAGGCAGCCGUACUCGGGGCAGGCUCCCAGGAGGAGGACCAUGUUGGGGUGCCUAAUGCAGCUCAGCACUUCGAUCUGCAAGUUCCAGAGAUAGGAAGAUGAUGAUGACGAUGAUGAUGAUGAUGGCUGUGGAGAUCAGAGCGUCAAAAGGAGGGAACUUGGAUUGUUAGUUCACCUCCCGCUGGAACUGGGAUCUCCCCUGGGCGGCGUUGGGACGGAGGAUCUUGAUGGCGACCGGCGUGUGAUCCAGGGAUCCCCUGAACACCGGGCCGUACCCUCCUUCUCCAAUCUUGCGGUUCUCCGCGAAUAA